AUGCCUUUCUUCCCAGAAGUGCACGAUGAGGUGACCAGGUCUUGGCAGACGCCAUAUAGCGUUCGUGUGAAACCUGGACCCUCGUCCGCCUUCACCUCCCUGGAUGGCGGUGAACUGCGUCUCCCAUCCCGGGCCUGUAAAGUCUCAUCUGGGCUGACUGAGAAAGCUUACAGAGCCUGUGAAGCUCAACAUCUCUCAGAUCUGAGGAUUGUGUUGAUGGGAUAUAAAGGAUCAGGUAAGAGUUCAUCAGGAAACACCAUCCUGGGCAGAGAGGAGUUUGACUUGAAGACAUCUGCUCAGUGUGUGAGGAGACAUGGAGAAGUAGCAGACAGACACAUCUCUGUCAUUGAAGCUCCAGGAUGGUGGAGGAAUUUCACUGUAGAGGACAGUCCUGAAAUACUGAAACAGGAGAUUUUGCUCAGUGUGUCUCUGUGUCCUCCAGGACCACACGCUGUACUACUGAUCAUACGUGUGGACACUAGAUUUAAAGAGACUGAGAGAAAAGCAGUGCAGGAUCAUCUGGAUCUUCUCAGUGAGAGAGUCUGGAGUCACACUAUAGUUCUGUUCACUCGUGGAGACUCUCUGUUAGACACAUCUAUAGAGCAGCACAUUGAGAGUGAAGGACAGGAUCUCCAGUGGCUGCUGGACAAAUGUGGGAACAGGUAUCAUGUUCUCAACAAUCACAACAGGAGUGAUGACACUCAGAUCAAGGAGCUGCUGGAGAAGAUUGAGGAGACAGUGGCACAAAACAACGGCCGACAUUUUGAAAUAGACAGAAAGAUUUUACAGAAGAUGAAAGAGAGAAGAGCAGAGGAAGAGAGAGCAGAAGAACGAAUGAAGAGGAUGAAGAAACAGAGAGAAAACAUCAGAUCACAGAUGAGUGAUGCUCAACAUCUCUCAGAUCUGAGGAUUGUGUUGAUGGGUAAUAGAUAUGCUGGUAAGAGUUCAUCAGGAAACACCAUCCUGGGCAGAGAGGAGUUUGACUUGAAGAGAUCUGCUCAGUGUGUGAGGAGACAUGGAGAAGUAGCAGACAGACACAUCACUGUCAUUGAAGCUCCAGGAUGGUGGAAGAAUUACACUGUAGAGGACAGUCCUGAGAGACUGAAACAGGAGAUUUUGCUCAGUGUGUCUCUGUGUCCUCCAGGACCACACGCUGUAUUACUGAUCAUACGUGUGGAUGAUAGAUUUAAAGAGACUGAGAUAAAAUCAGUGCAGGAUCAUCUGGAUCUUCUCAGUAAGAGAGUCUGGAGUCACACUAUAGUUCUGUUCACUCAUGGAGACUCUCUGUUAGACACAUCUAUAGAGCAGCACAUUGAGAGUGAAGGACAGGAUCUCCAGCGGCUGCUGGACAAAUGUGGGAACAGGUAUCAUGUUCUCAACAAUCACAACAGGAGUGACGACAUUCAGAUCAAGGAGCUGCUGGAGAAGAUUGAGGAGACAGUGGCACAAAACAAUGGCUGCCAUUUUGAAAUAGACAGAAAGAUUUUACAGGAGAUGGAAGAGAAAAGAAGAGCAGAGGAAGAGAGAGCAGAAGAACGAAUGAAGAGGAUGAAGAAACAGAGAGAAAACAUCAGAUCACAGAUGAAUCUGAGGAUUGUGUUGAUGGGGUAUAGAUAUGCUGGUAAGAGUUCAUCAGGAAACACCAUCCUGGGCAGAGACAAGUUUGACUUGAAGAGAUCUGCUCAGUGUGUGAGAAGAGAUGGCGAAAUAGCAGACAGACACAUCACUGUCAUUGAAGCUCCAGGAUGGAGGAUGAAUCACACUGUAGAGUUCAGUCCUGAGAUACUGAAACAGGAGAUUUUGCUCAGUGUGUCUCUGUGUCCUCCAGGACCACACGCUGUACUGCUGAUCAUACCUGUAGUCAUUAGAUUUAAAGAGACACACAGAAAAGCAGUUCAGGAUCAUCUGGAUCUUCUCAGUGAGAGAAUCUGGAGUCACACUAUAGUUCUGUUCACCUUUGGAGACUCUCUGUUAGACACAUCUAUAGAGCAGCACAUUGAGAGUGAAGGACAGGAUCUCCAGCGGCUGCUGGACAAAUGUGGGAACAGGUAUCAUGUUCUCAACAAUCACAACAGGAGUGACGACACUCAGAUCAAGGAGCUACUGGAGAAGAUUGAGGAGACAGUGGCACAAAACAAUGGUCACCAUUUUGAAAUAGACAGAAAGAUUUUACAGAAGAUGGAUGGUAGAAAGAAGGCAGAAGAGCGACUGGACAAAUGGAGAGAAGACAUUAGAUCAGAGACCA